AUGAAGGUUAUUGUUGAGCGAUGCCUAGCUUUCUCACUUUUUGUAAUUUGCAUUGGUGGUGCAGAGGAAGAGGGUCCAUGCACGCUGGUCGACGAUUAUUACAAAAAGAAUUUGAAAGAGACUUUAUGUUAUCUUCGUUGUCUCUCGAAUGCGUUGAAUAAAUUAUACACUGAUGGCGAGAGGAAAAUGCUUGUGAAUGAGGAAGUAUACGCAAAUGCAUCUCGUAUACUGGAUGACAUGGAAGGUAAAACAGGUGAAAGCACAAAAUAUUUGAGUGUUGUAAGUAGUGCAAUGGGAGACCAACGUAAGAAAAUGGAAAAGCUUAUAUCUUAUGGAAAUGAAAUGGGAGACCUUGUAGCGAAAGUAGGUGGAUUAUUUUCUGAAGUUAAUGAGAGUGUGAGGGCAGUGAGGAAAUAUUUACCUGAUGCUCUCACAACAGCAAAUAAAUACUAUGCAUCUAUUGCUGAGAUAACACGGACAGCUUGGGAUGAUGUUAAGGCUGUAGAAGCAGGAGGCACUGCUAAAUGUGAAGAACGAACCUUUCAAAGGGUUAAGGGGUUGUUAACACCGUGUGCUGACCAAACAUGCCCUCUGGCAAAAACUGUAAACGAGAGCACUCUCAAAACGUAUAAGGACGGUUGUCUUGCAGUAACAGUACAGAAUGGUUCUGUAAGGGAGUGCUUCAACCUUCCAAGGGAUAAUUUGUAUAGGAGUGGUGCAGUUAAGAACUCAAAUGAUGCAUUGGAAUGGAAAGAAGUUCGAGAUCGUGGAGCUUCUUUUCAACUUAAAGUCAAGGUGCAAGAAAUAUUUGGCCCCCUCAUCACACCUUUUGCUGCCGGACAGCCACCUUCCAUGCUUCUUGGAAUGGUGUCAAAUAUCACCUCUCUUCACUCCCAAUUUAACAAGGUGCAUAACAACUUCACGUCGCUGCUGUUCGACAUUGAUGUUGCUGGUAAUGUUACCACCGCUAAUUCUUCCAUCUGA